GCUUAUCAGAUGUUCGUCGGCAUUAUUAGAUUCAACUUCAUAGGUAAACAGACUCAGGCGGACAAAAUGAAAAAAUUUGUUGCUAUCGGGAAUUUGCAGUGCCGCCAAUUGAAGCCGCUGAGUAUCCUUCAGUAACCGACAAACUGCUGUUGGAGAAACUCGAAUUAUUUGAUCGGGGUUUUUUCGCGCAUCAAUUUCUACGUUGUGCAAAGAGUGCGAAAACUCGUGAAUCGAAAUUAGUGAGAAUAUUAGUAAUUUACGGUACAAGGCUUUGGUGGGGAUCAGUUAUAACGAUACUGGACACACGAAAUCAAAAAACUCGAGAUGAUCCUCACAAAAAUGUUUGCCAUUAUUUUGCCACUAAUUUGUCUGACCGGUCGGGUUUCCGGGUUAAAUGCAACCGUGACUGUCGGUGAUUUGGGCACAGUGAUUGGUCUGGAAGAAACAAGCACAUGGACUGGCAGGACGAUAUACGCUUUCAGGGGAAUUCCUUACGCUGAAGCACCAGUUGGCGACUUGAGAUUCAGACCACCGGUAAGCGUCAGCAGUUGGAAUGGUACCUGGAACGGUACCGAAUUCGGAGUGGUUUGCCCGCAAAAUAGUGGAAUUGGAACUCCAUUGUCUGGUGUAGAUGAAGACUGCUUGACGUUGAACGUUUACGUACCCGAGGUCAACAGUGAAGACACUGCAUUACCAGUCAUGAUCUACCUCCACGGAGGAACUUUCAUGAGCGGAUAUGCCCAGCUGUACGAACCCCAUCAGCUGCUAGAGGAAGACGUGAUUCUUGUCGUGCCUCAAUUUCGUUUGGGACCAUUGGGUCUUCUAUGCUUGCAAACUGAUGAGGUACCCGGAAACGUGCAGUUUCUGGAUCAAAUAAUGGCUAUGCAAUGGGUUCAGGACAACAUAGGAUACUUUGGUGGUGACCCAGACUCAGUAACACUCUUCGGCCAGAGUUCAGGAGCGGCCUCGGUGAACCUUCAUCAAAUCAGUCCGCUCUCGACAGGACUUUUUCACAAAGUAAUUCUUCAAAGUGGUUCUGCCUACGCACCAUGGGUCAUGGAUUACAAUCCUGUUCAAACUGCCACGAGACUCGGAGCUGUUAUGGGUUGCAAUCAGACAAAUACAACUGAGCUGGCGGCUUGUUUCAAGGAGUUAACCGUUCAAACUAUCCUUGACGGUUUCGCCACGUAUUUGGCAACAUACAGUGCUGGUGGCCUCACCGAGAUUGGGGGUCAUCGAGCUGUUAUUCAAACCGCCGGGACUCAAAAAUUUCUUGAAGAAGAUCCUCUGACAUUGAUUUCCAAUGGACAAUUCAGCCAAAUACCGAUGAUCGCAGGGGCGAAUAAACACGACGGUAGUUUCGCACUUGCAGAGUAUUACACCAGCUACUUUGUUCCAUAUGGAUUCGUCGAGAACACGCAGUUUCUAAAGUACAAUCUGACAUCUUUCAUCCUCUCAGCAUUUGGAGUCGAAGACCUAACGGGCGGUGUCGGACAAACCCUGACAUACGUCCACUUCAAUGAAGAUGAUAUUGGAGAUUUUCUAGCAAUGGUUCCAGGAAUCAUAGAUAUAUGCAGUGUCUUCGCGUUUAAGGCGCCGAUUUUCCAAAUGCUCCAGACCAACAGUCUCUACAACUCAUCAUACCUCUACAGAUUCGGAUAUUUUGGUACCAACAACGUACUGGUUUCCGCUGAGGACCUGCCAUUCGAAACUGGUGUCGGACACUCUGACGAACUGUUUUACCUGUUCCCGUUGUCUAGCAAUUUAUCCGACACAGACGUGACGGUGGCUAAACGAAUGGUAUCGUUGUGGACGACCUUUGCUACCAGCGGCGUACCGGUAGCUGAUGACAAGACUUGGGAAUCAAUGAGCACCCCCUUUGGCCCGUAUCUAAUUAUCGACGAAGAGUUCUACGACGGUACCAAUUAUUUGUCAGAGUACACGAUCGCUCGGGAUGAGGGUAUGACAGCCGUUGACAGAUCUGCAGCAUCUGGCAUCGCGCCUCCUUCGAUAAUAAUCUUGGCCACAACGCUGUGGUCAAUUUUUAUAAGACAAUAAGAUGUCGAAUUAGCUUGAUUGGUGCAUAGUAUUUUGGCUACUUCAUCGACAUCAGAGAUGAUUGUUAGCAAGGUUUUCGCGAAAAGAAAACUGACGUAGCAAUGACGUUACUACCAUCCGAUACAACAGAAAUCUGAUUUCUCAUUGAAUGAGAUUUAUACGUACCGAAGAUAACAAAAAUGUCUGAGCGAGACCUCGAUCACCACGCCAUAGAAUCAUGAAAGUCCAUUUUUACACAGGUAUAUGUAGUUCUUGGAGUAUCAAAUGUAUCAAUGAAUAAAAAAUAAAAUACUUUUCAACUACAAA